AUGGUUCGUAUGAAUGCACCUGCCAUGAGGGCUAUGAAGGAAACGGCAAAAAUUGUACAGCUAAUUCAACAAUUUCAUCAUUUUGUAGAUAUCAAUGAAUGCGAAACAAAUCCUUGUGAUGAAAAUGCAAAUUGUACUAAUGUACAUGGUUCGUAUGAAUGUAUCUGCCACAAGGGCUAUGAAGGAAACGGCAUAAAUUGUACAGACGUCAAUGAAUGCAAAGAAAAUCCUUGCGAUGUGAAUGCAAAUUGCACCCAUAUUGAUAGUUGGUAUGAAUGUAACUGUCACGAGGGAUAUGAAGGCAAUGGCACCACCUGUACAGAUAUCAAUGAAUGCGAAACAAAUCCUUGUGACGUAAAUGCAAAUUGUACCAAUGUACAUGGUUCGUAUGAAUGUAACUGCCACGAGGGCUACGAUGGCAAUGGCAAAAAUUGUAAAGACAUUGAUGAAUGUAAUGGCGAUAAUGAUUGCUCGUCAGACGCUGUUUGUCAGAAUACCAUCGGAAGUUAUAAGUGUGUUUGCAUUGCUGGAUAUAAAGGAAAUGGACAGCAUUGCGAGGAUAUAGAUGAAUGUACAGAGUCACCACAGAAAUGCACUGGCGAAGGUCAAUCAUGUACCAACCAUCUAGGAACAUACAACUGUUACUGUACAAAUCCUCAGCAAGAACUUAUUCGUGGUGAAUGUAUUGAUAAUGAAGUCUCAGUCCAAGGUCAAUUGCGGAUCAUAAAUCAACGAUACGUUCCAGCCUUCAGAGACACACAAAGCGCAGAUUACAUAACCAUUACUAUAACAUUAACAUUUCAGCUGACUACUCUCUACAGAAGCACACCAAGACUACGCUUUACGUUUCAGUCAAUCAACAUUUUACGGCUAUUCCCAGGAUCAAUUGGAUUCGAUUACGUGGCGAUAUUUAACGAUUCAAAAGGGAUAAACAAUGAAAAUGUUCAGGAAGAAUUGGCCAGUUCAAUAAAUGUCACCAAUAAUGGCACAUUUCUUGGCAAUGACUUCCAAAUCAGUAAAGAAACAAAUUUGAAAAAGGUGGCAAACCUUUUAACCGUCCAUGAUUACGACGAAUGCGAUCCUGAAAAUGGUGUUCACACGGUUGAUUGUGGAAACAACGCAACAUGUGUCAACACGAACACAAGUUAUUACUGUGCCUGUAACAAGGGAUUUGUAAAGAAUGGCACUGCUUGUAUAGAUGUUGAUGAAUGUCAGAACAAGACUCACAAUUGUAAUGAAAAUGCUAAUUGCAUUAAUAUCGAUGGCUCUUUCGAAUGUGCUUGCAAAUCUGGAUACCGAGGGAAUGGGACUUAUUGUAUUGAUGUUGAUGAAUGUGCUGAAAAGAGUCACAAUUGCCACAGUAAUGCUACAUGCGAAAAUAAUCAUGGCUCCUUUGACUGCACCUGUAAAUCUGGCUUUUUAGGAGAAGGAACUAAUUGCAAAGAUAUCAAUGAAUGCCAAUCAAAUCCCUGUGAUAUAAAUGCCAAUUGUACCAAUAUUCAUGGUUCCUAUGAAUGCACUUGCCACAUGGGUUACGAAAAAAGUGGCGUUGGUUGUAAUGACAUCAAUGAAUGUCAAUCGAAUCCUUGUGAUGUAAACGCAAAUUGUACUAAUACCGAUGGUGGAUAUAAAUGUACCUGCCAUAAGGGAUAUCAAAGAAACGGCACAACCUGUACAGAUAUCAAUGAAUGUCAAUCAAAUCCGUGCGAUGUUAACGCAAAUUGUAACAAUAUCGAUGGUGGAUAUGAAUGUUCGUGCCGCAAUGGAUACGAAGGGAACGGUACCAGCUGUACAGAUAUCAAUGAAUGCGGAUCAAAUCCCUGCGACGUAAAUGCAAAUUGUACAAACAAUGAUGGUUCGUAUGAAUGCACCUGCCAUAUGGGGUAUGAAAGCAAUGGCAUCAGUUGUGCAGACAUCAAUGAAUGCCAAUCAAAUCCAUGUCAUUUAAAUGCAAAUUGCAACAAUACCGAUGGUGGAUAUGAAUGUGCUUGCUACCAAGGCUAUGAGGGGAACGGUACCAAUUGUACAGAUAUCAAUGAAUGUCAAUUAAAUCCCUGUGAUGUGAAUGCCAAUUGUACCAACACUCAUGGUUCCUAUGAAUGCACUUGCCACAUGGGAUAUGAAAAAAUUGGCGUUGGCUGUCAAGAUAUCAAUGAAUGUCAAUCUAAUCCUUGCGAUGGAAACGCAAAUUGUACCAAUACUGAUGGUGCAUAUGAAUGUACCUGCAAAAAGGGAUAUGAAGGCAAUGGUGCAACUUGCGCAGAUAUCAAUGAAUGCCAGUCAAACCUUUGUGAUGUAAAUGCAAAUUGCACGAAUAUUGGUGGUGGAUAUGAAUGUUCUUGCCACAGCGGAUAUGAAGGUGACGGUGCAAGCUGUACAGAUAUCAAUGAAUGCGAAUCAAACCCGUGCGGCGUAAAUGCAAAUUGUACAAAUAAUGAUGGUUCGUAUGAAUGCACCUGCCAUAUGGGGUAUGAAAGCAAUGGCAUCAGUUGUGCAGACAUCAAUGAAUGCCAGUCAAAUCCAUGUGAUGCAAAUGCGAAUUGUACCAAUAUCGAUGGUGGAUAUGAAUGUGCUUGCUACAAAGGCUAUGAGGGGAACGGUACCAAUUGUGCAGAUAUCGAUGAAUGCCAAUCAAAUCCCUGUGAUCUAAAUGCCAAUUGUACCAACAUUCGUGGUUCCUAUGAAUGCGCUUGCCACAUGGGGUAUGAAAAAAUUGGCGCUGGCUGUAAAGAUAUCAAUGAAUGUCAAUUUAAUCCUUGCGAUGUAAACGAGACUUGUACCAAUAAUGAAGGUGGAUAUGAAUGUACCUGCAAAAAAGGAUAUCAACGAAAAGGCAGAACUUGUGCAGAUAUAGAUGAGUGUAAUAUGCCACCGGGAGCAUGUAGAGGAACAGGUCAAAUGUGUACCAACUAUCCUGGUGGACAUCGCUGUAGUUGCAUCAGUCCAAGACAACUGCUUAGCGAUGGACAAUGUGUUGAUAUUGUGGCGUCUAUCCAAGGUCAAUUGCGGAUACUGAAUCGUCAAUUUCUCGUUGCCUACGAUAACCAAGCAAGCUUUGAGUAUUUCGAAUUUACUGAGGAAAUAAAUAUUGGGUUGGAAAAUCUUUUCAAAAAAACAGAGACAUUGGCAUCUACGUUUAAAGCAAUCACCAUUAAACGAUUAUUCAACGGAUCCGUUGGUGUCGACUACGUCGCAGGAUUUAGCAGCGCGAUAGGAUUGAGUAGUGAAAAUAUUCAAAAUGAAAUAUUCAGGGCAUUAACUUUCUCAGAGAGUGGCGCGUAUUUUGGCAACAACCUUAAAAUCACUGACAACAACAAUAUCACUCAAUUGCAAAUGGAAUUAGCAGAAUUGUUCAAAUUUACAGAUUACAAUGAAUGUGCCCAAGAGACUGUUUGUUGGGAAAACUCGAAAUGCGUCAACACAAACACCAGCUAUAACUGUGUGUGUGAUGAGGGAUUUGAACCUGUCGACGAUGGAACUGGUUGUAUUGCUGCGAAAAAAGGUGUUAGUAAAGACGUUGUUAACGUUGUCAAGACACUGCUUGUGGCGAUUAUUGUAUGGUUUACCUUGUGUUUUGUGACAACCUUAAUCAUCACUGUGAUGGCGGUGUUUAGCAUUUGUAACUCCUUCCGCAGUGAGGCAAGCGCAGAGGAGUUUGGAAAAGAUAUCGAAGUCGUACCUGUCUCUAUCACUACUCCUUCAUACAAAUCACAUCUGGUAAUUGAUGGUUACUAUGUAAACGAGUAACCAUCCAGUUGCACAAACACCAUGCAUUUAUUAAAUUUCUUUGCUUCACGAAGAUGAAACAUUUUCGAAGCUGUAAUGAAAAUUAAUCUGUUCUUAUAUGCAUAUAUAAAGACGUAUAAUUAUGAAGACGACAUAUCUAAACAAGUAUUACAUAAGUUCCUGAAAUGUUUUUUAUAAUGUUUAAAUUCCGCUACUUUGCAUGGUAUUUUAAGGGAUGCACAGGAUAAAAUCCUUUUUAACACACGAAUAUACUGUCUA